CCAAGUGUCCGAAUGGCGGGCAGUCCUUCCCGUGUGUAAAGGCUACUUCCCCCUCUUAUAAAACCCCGCCACGCCGGGAAACGCGACCCGCCCGCCCCAAACAACCCCCCGGGAGCCAGAGGCGAAGGCAGCGGCCUGGCGGAGGCGAGCAAGCAACUUCCCGAGAGGCGAGACCCGGGGCGAUGUGGCAGCGCCGCAGAGUGUAAUGGCAGGGAGGGCGCCUUCCACCCUCACGCACUCUUAGGGCGAAUCUCGGGCGUUUUCACCCUUUGCCACGGCGAGGAAGGGCGGCUCUCGCGUCGUGCGCUCCGGAGGGACAGAUUUCACCAUGGAGGCGAUAGCAAAACAUGACUUUAACGCCACAGCUGAGGACGAGCUCAGUUUUAGGAAAGGGCAGAUUCUUAAGGUACUAAAUAUGGAAGAUGAUAUGAACUGGUUCAGAGCAGAGCUGGACGGCAGAGAAGGACUCAUCCCUAGCAACUACAUCGAGAUGAAGAGUCAUGAAUGGUAUUAUGGAAGGAUAACUCGCGCAGAUGCGGAAAAACUCUUGCUUAAUAAACACGAAGGAGCGUUCCUCAUCCGGGUUAGCGAGAGUUCUCCGGGAGAUUUUUCAUUAUCCGUCAAUGUUGCAUCAGAUGCAAAUGUAAACCCUCAGUCAUCACAAGGAUGUGGAGAUGGUGUUCAGCACUUUAAGGUCUUGAGGGACACACAGGGCAAGUUUUUCCUCUGGGUCGUCAAGUUCAACUCCCUAAAUGAAUUGGUGGAGUACCAUCGGUCAGCGUCUGUGUCCCGGUCCCAUGACAUUAAGCUCAAAGACAUGACUCCAGAAGAAUUCUUAGUGCAAGCCCUAUACGACUUCACCCCUCAGGAGCAGGGCGAGUUGGAAUUCAAGCGAGGUGAUGUCAUCACUGUCACAGACCGGUCAGACCCCCACUGGUGGAGCGGCGAAAUGGGCAAUCGCAGGGGGCUCUUUCCUGCCACCUACGUGGCUCCCUACCACACCUAGAUGCCCAGUGCAGGAGCUCCACCUCGAGUACCAUGUCAUAACCGGAGUCAGCAGCCAUUCGUACCAGGAGGCUGCUCAAAUAGUAUCUUAACAGAAACAAUGAAAGAGACCUUGCUGAAAACAAUGAAUGGAAACUUGGCCAGGCUUAAGGGUGCUUUGGCCUACACACAGUGACAGACUGAGGGAGGCCUUGCAGGAGAUGAAUAGUAGUUGGCUGGCACCCUAUACAGUUUUUGGUUUGUGUUUCUGUGGCUUUCACCCCAGUCAGUAAUUGUGCCUACAUUCUACUUUGAUUUUGCCCCCAUCCAUUUAUAUUGGAUUAGCCAGUAAAUAUGUUUUAUUAUUGGUGCCAUCUCAUACCUUUUCAUCCUACAUGGUUUUGUAAAGAAUGACUUUUUAAAAAAAAGGAAUUGCAUGUGUAUUAUUCUUGCCACAAGCUUUGAUUGCAGAAUUUUUAGAAAUAUAUCAAUGGAAAAUACAUUAGUAUCCAUAACAUAAAAUUGAAUAUUCAAUAGCUUGAAGAAUAAACCAAUUAGCCUUGCAUGGCUUUUGCAGUGUUGCAGUGAUUCAUCUGGUACAUAACAAUUUGUGCACAAAAUUAUUGGUAAUGUACUUUACAAAAUGUUUAUGUCCCACCUAUGCACCUGGAGUGAUUCUUUUUUUUUUCUUUCUUUCUUUUUUUCAUUUUUUCUUUUAUUUUUUUUAUUUUUUUUCUCUCCUUUUGAUAGGAAGCUGUUUCCACCUUUACCUGAAUCUAAGAAAUCUUUACAGACAAUUUGCCCAAAAGUCCAGGAAAUGUCUUUUUAGAGAUAAGGUACAUUUAGAGACACUAUAUUUUUUUGUUUUCUCGUUUCUCUUCGGACCUUAAAUCCAGGUAAAGUUGGUCCAGAUUUUAGAAUUUAUGAUUCCUCGAAUAGAUCAAGCCAUGUUUGCAAGAGGAAAGCACAAGUGAUUGUUCGAGGUCUCUCUUUUACAUUUUGUUUUAUUCAGGCCAGGCAAGCACAAAAAACUUUUUUUUUUUUUUUAAUACUGUUAGGCUUUUUUUUUUUUUUUUUUUUUUCUUUCUUUUUGAUUUUUGAUUUUUUAUAUCUAUAUAGUGUGUAAAAAAAAGCAAAAAAAAAAUAAAUAAAAGAUAAAUUGUGUAUAAUUACAUGAGCAAGCCAAAUAAGCAGGAUCAAAGGGGGAGGAGCCCAGCCUGCGAGAAGGGAAAAAUAGUGUGUUAUAGAGCCGAGGGAGAAAUGCGGUUGUGAGCGCUGUUGAUGUAAUAAGGUCUUUGUUGAAUGAGAAUGGUUUUCGCAAGCCUAUGGAUUUUGAUAUUAUCUAUAAAUGGUAUGUUGGGGGAGUUCACAUGUAAUGGUAUGCUGGUAUGCUUACUACCAAGCAUCAGCAGGAUUGUACAGAUUUAUUUCUCAGUAAUGCGUUCUUGUUUUAGAUAGAGGAAAGAAGAAGAGUGUGUGAAAGAGAAAGAGGUAGAGAGUAAGAGAGAGAGUGAGAGAGAGAGAGAGAGAGAGUGAAUACGUUUACACGAAAAGCAUUAUAUUACGUUUGUAUUCAGAGUGUAUUUUUUCAGACUUCAGGCUACUUCAGCUUGUCAAGGACCUUGUAGCUUGCCUUGUGGUAAAGAGUAUGGAUUCAGUAGUGGGGGGGAGGGAGAGGGAGGGGGCAACUUGAUACUUGUCUUCAUUGUUCUGAGAGCCGAUUGCAUUUUUGAAACAUUUAUCUUUCCAUCAGUGGUUGCGAGGCUGUGGGGAGUGAUUUAGUUUGUGGAUAUUUUUUUACGUAAUUUUUGUUUUCUCAAUCUUUUGCAUUCUGUGGUUGAUAUUAUUAUUAUUAUGGACAUAACAAUUAUAAUUAAUAUUAUUGCAACUAAUAAUAUUUUUACUAGCAUUAUUAUUAUUAUUAUUAUUAUUAUGAGUAUUGCUAUAUUAUAUUAUUAUUUUUCAUAGUAACAUUCAUUACCUGUUAUCAUUCACUGUAAUUUGAUCAAUAGAGCUCUGUUUGGGUGUAAUUACUUUGAUAAACAGAAAACAUUGGGUUACAAGAUUGUUUAAGAGUAAGGAGGAGGAGGAGGAGUCAGUCAGUCCGUUGAGACCAAAUAUUUUCCUGUUUUGGAAAAAGGGGAAAAUUGGUUGGUGACUUUUUCUUCUUCUUCUUCUUCUUUUUCUUUCCUUUCUUUUUCUUUUUUUCUGUGUACUGACAAUUUGCUAAUAUGUACUUUUUGGUUUAUUAUUAUUAUUAUUUAUCUUAAUAGGUCAGAUUAAAAGAGUUUGGGGUUUGUAAUGAAUAGCUGAAGGUUGAUGGUGUUAUGAUUCAAAAGCAAAAUUUAUGGCAUUGAGUGAAAGUUUGCUUCACAGAAAAUGUUUUGAAUGGAUAGAUAUAGCCCCCUCUCUUGUCUUUAUAUAUGUUUUUAUUUUUUAUUAUUACUUUUUUUUCGUUUCAUCUCCCUUCAGUUUUAUUACUUUUUUACUUACUUUUUUUCUACAAUGUUCUUUUUCUAUCCCUCAUUGUGUUCUCUUUUUAUGUCUGUCUAUGUACAUCAGUGAUGAUUCUACAUCUAAAACUGCAAAUAACACAAUGUAUAGUGGGUAGUUUUAUGUAAUAGGUAAUUAAUGGGAUGAGUUCCGAUUUUUCCAAGAACUGUUAUCAUGGUCUUGUCUGCGAGUUCUUGCAACUUAAGUACGCACCCUCAUGAUUGACAUUUUUACCAAGCACAUUAAACUGACACAGUGUUUCAGCUAUGUACACGCUCUCUCCCUCAUAUUAUUCAACCAUGGUAUUAAUCAGUACAUAGUGGUUCCUUAUACCUCAUAACUACACCACAUUUUGAGAGUGAUGUGGUUGUCAUUUAUACUGAUGCGACCUGUGGUCCAUAUUGAUUGUGAGAACCAGUUUUAAGGUUAACGUUCAUUUGGAUAAGGUGCAGAGGAGGAAGGCCAAUGGCGCAUAGAGUCUCGAAUGUACAUAUUAGAUAGGAAGACAUUGAAGUUGCUGGCGAGCUGGCUGAGGAUCGCUGAGUAUUUACUUUUUUGAGAUUUGUAAUGUCCAUCUUCAGCCACCUCGAGAUGCCUCCUUAUGCGAAGUUUGCACUUGAUUUGUUUGCUUUUCUUGUAGCCCCUAAUGGAAAGGUUGAGAAUGCUGAAUGUUUUUUUUGCUCCUUGUCUUUGCUAGAUUUCACUAAAUUGUUCAUUGCAAUAACCUUAAGAAUGUGACUGUAAUGACUACCAGAAUUUUUUUCCCCUUUGUCUCUGUCAUCUUUUUUUUUUUAAUCAGUCCUUUUAUAAACAUAUUCUGCUUCCUCUUCUCUUCCUUAUGAAUUUAUGGCUUCCAUAUAGGGAUGACUUUCAUCAGGGUUGAAAAUCUUCAGGGUUGUCCCAAGAAAUCAAAAAGGAGUUUCUCGAGGGAUUGCUCCACUGAACAACGCGCAAAUGAGUGUGCAUUUUAAGCCACUUCGAAGCACCCUCUAUUUUUUAACAGACAUUUAAUGGUUCAAGGCAUGAGUGAACAUGAGCUUUGGUUUUACUCUUUUCAAAGUAUUUUUAAGAUACUUUUCGUAUGGAUCUUUUCACUUUUUUUUGGGUGGUUUCAUACACUAAGAAUGAAAGUUGAUGCUUCCAAAAAGAGUAAAGAAGAGAGACUGUUCCCUUCAUAUUAGGAUAUGGAUAAUCAGAUCCCUUAAAAGCCUGAGUGAUAAUUCAAAGGUUUCAGAACCCAAAAGCAUUUCAGUCCAGACUGGAAUUUAGGGUGGUGUGAGGUCUAGAUGGCUCAGCUCCUGUGAGCCUUUUUUUUUAUUAUUAUUAUUCUAAAGUAAUGUAGUUUAUCCAGCUGGUUUCAAUAUUACAGUAUUAUCAUGAUACCAAAUUGGUUAUAUGAUAGAAGAAAAGCCACACAUUACAAGGAUCACCUGGAAGGGUGUUGACAAUUGUAAUUGUGACUUGCAAAGUUAGCUAAACAAUCUCCUGGUGCAAGAGAUCUAUCCACUGUCACUCAGGCAGAAACUCGCAUUCGUCCACAGAAACCCUGCUGAUUUCACUGAAAAAGGCCCUGUCAUUGCUACCUGAAUCAAGUCCCCCUCCCCCCCCCUCAUUGUCACUAUAGUAAACCCCUCCCUCCCCCCUUCCCUCUUCCCAUCAUCAUGAAGUGUAAUCCUAUCAUCGUCAUUCGCAGUUCUGUCGUGAAAGACCGGAUUCAGUAGCUAGAGUGAGAAAGCGCACGAGAGGAUGUACGAUUUUAGUGUGUCUAAAGCUGUGAAAUGCUCAAUUCUUGUAAUUUUAUCUCAAAUUGUUCCAUCCUUUUAUUAUUUUGCAAGUUUGUGUGUGGGCUCGUGUGCCCCUGUACACUUUUAUGUAUGUAUGUUUGCAUGUUUUUCUUUUUCUUUCUUUUUUUUUUUUUUACAAGUUUGCAAGACUUGAAUUUGAAUGUAUUUUUAUUUGUAUUAAACUAUGAAAUCUUUAUUUGAAAUAGGUACAUGUGCUUUUACCAGAGAUAACCUUUUUUUUUUACACUUUUAUUAUAUUUUUCUCUCCUAUUAUUUGUGUUCACAACACACCUCUAUGAGUGUAUGUCAACACUUAAUACCCUCACAAGCUGGAUAUAAUGUUGGUGUGUCGCAUAAAGAAUAAAACGCAGAAUACCAAAAUAAAAAAAAAGGUUUAGGUUUACUCAGCAUGUUACAUCUGGUGAUUGUGUAAAAAUCCUGUUAUUUUUUUUUUUAUAUUUCAACAUCUGGGCUUUUUGUAUAUUUUUUUAAUGUCUGAAGAAUCUUGUAUAAUGCUAGAAAAUUUAGGAUAUUAGUAUAUUGGAAAAGAUUUUUUUUUUUUCUUCUUUUUUUUUUUACGACGGUAAAUAAACAUGUCAAUUUCAGUUGGAAGGAAGGCCAAUUUCUUUUUAUUUGUUUGUUUAUUAUAAUUAUUAUGAGCACAAAGGUAGCUUAUUUCUUCUGUGUCCACCUCAUUUUCAUUCUCUUUACGUCAUCUUUUUUCUGUUCUACUUUGCGCUUCUUUCAUUCCCUUUUUCACUUCUGCCUCUGCAUCCUUUUUCUUUUCUUCUUCAUUCUUCCUUCUCUCUGUGCUGCCUAGUGUGCACUGAAGAAUUAUUAGAAAUUCCCUUUUUAUAUAUGUAUAUGUAUAUAUAUAUAUAUAUAUAUAUAUAUAUAUAUAUAUAUAUAUAUAUAUAUAUAAUGUUAUAUGUAUUAUUUAUAUAAAUAGAGGAAAACACAAAAGAAAAGUUUUUAACAAUUUUCUUUGCUGGUUUUAUGAAUGAACCAUGGUAUUAAUAGAUAAAUUAUGUAAUUAGAUUUUUGACCGACAGACUUCCAGAUAUCAUAUGAUGGUUGACAUUUAUGUAUUUUAACAUGAGCAUUAUUAAAUAUUAAUAUACUAA